GACUAUAACAACAGAUAAAGGGAUGGACCUGUGGCCAUUGCUGUAGGAUCCUAAGUCCAGGUGAUCAUUUUGAACGAAACAUCGACAAAAAUUGAAAACAUUCACAUGAUAUCUGCAGUACAGUGAUGGACCAGAAUCAACAUUUGAGUAAGACAGCAGAGGCACAACAUUCUGAGAAAAGGAAAACUAGAAACUACUGCAAUGGAUUCAAGAUGUUCUUGGCAGCCCUGUCACUCAGCUUUAUUUCUAAGACACUAAGUGCAAUCAUUAUGAAAGGUUCCAUCACUCAAAUAGAAAGGAGAUUUGACAUAUCAUCUUCUACUGUUGGCUUAAUUGAUGGAAGCUUUGAAAUGGGAAAUUUGCUUGUGAUUUUAUUUGUGAGUUACUUUGGAGCCAAAUUACACAGACCAAAACUAAUCGGAAUUGGUUGCUUCGUUAUGGGAAUUGGAAGUAUUUUGACUGCUUUACCUCAUUUCUUCAUGGGAUAUUACAGGUUUUCUAAAGACACCCCUAUUAAUCCAUCAGAGAAUUCAACAUCAAGCUUAUCAACUUGUUUGAUUAAUCAAAAUUUGUUACUCAAUAGAACAUCACUGGAUAUAGUGGGCAAAGGUUGGGAAAAGGAAUCUGGGUCACAUAUGUGGAUAUAUAUUCUAUUGGGUAAUAUGCUUCGUGGAAUUGGGGAAACGCCCAUAACACCCUUGGGGAUUUCUUACAUCGAUGAUUUUGCUAAAGAAGGACAUUCUUCUUUUUAUUUAGGUAAUUUGUUUGCAGUAACAAUGAUUGGUCCAAUCAUUGGCUUUUUACUCGUAUCUCUGUUUUCUAAAAUGUAUGUGGAUGUUGGAUACAUAGAUCUGAGCACUAUCAGAAUAACUCCUAAGGACUCUCGUUGGGUUGGUGCGUGGUGGCUUGGUUUCCUUGUGGCUGGAAUAAUAUCCAUUAUUUCUUCUAUACCAUUCUUUUUCUUGCCCAAAAAUUUGGAUAAACCAAGGAAAGAAAAAAAAGCUUCAGUAUCUUUGCCUGUGCAAAAUGAGGAAAAGAGUCAAAUGGCUCAUUUGAUCAAGCAGGGGCAAAAUGUUAGUGAAACUGUAGCUGGUUUUUUCCAGUCCUUGAAAAACAUCCUUACCAAUCCCCUGUAUGUUAUAACAUUAGUUUUGACACUGCUACAAGCCAGCAGCCAUAUUGGAAUUAUUACUUAUGUCUUCAAAUAUGUAGAACAGCAGUAUGGCCAGUCAGCAUCUGAGACUAGCAUUUUGUUUGGAUUCAUAACCAUACCAACUUUUGCAUCUGGAGUGUUUACAGGAGGAUAUAUCAUUAAAAAAUUCAAAUUUACCUUGGUUGGAAUUGCGAAAUUUUCAUUUUGUAGUCAUAUGUUGUCCUUCCUAUUUCACCUAUUAAAUUUUGCGCUAAUCUGUGAAAACAAAUCAGUUGCUGGACUAACCUUGACUUAUGAUGGAAAUAAUCCAGUGGCAUCUCAUAUAAAUGUACCACUUUCUUAUUGCAACUCUGACUGCAAUUGUGAUCAAAGUCAAUGGGAACCACUCUGUGGAGACAAUGGAAUAACUUACAUAUCACCUUGUUUAGCAGGAUGCAAAUCUUCAAGUGGCAGUAAAAAUUCUGUUAUGUUUCAUAACUGUAGUUGUGUGGAAGUAAAUGGUUUCCAGAGCAGAAAUAACUCAAUGAAGUUGGGUGAAUGCCCCAAAAAUGAUCAAUGUACAAGAAAAUUUUAUGUUUAUAUAGUAGUGCAAAUAUUUAUCUUUUUUUCUUCUGCAUUGGGAAGCACCUCAAAUAUCAUGCUGGUUUUUAAAAAUGUUGAACCUGAACUGAAAUCACUUGCCAUGGGUUUCCAUUCACUAACUAUUCGAACACUAGGAGGAAUUCCAGCUCCUAUAUAUUUUGGGGCUCUGAUUGAUAGAGCUUGUAUGAAGUGGUCUGUCAACAACUAUGGGAAGCAAGGGUCUUGUCGGAUAUACAAUUCCACAUUAUAUGGAAAUACUUUCUUUGGCUUGACUACAGGCUUAAAACUCCCAGCUCUUGUUUUAUAUGUUGUAUUAAUUUCUGUUAUGAAGAAAAAAUAUCAAAGAAAAGAUAUCAAGACAUCAGAAAAUGAAAGAAAAUCCGUGAACGAAGCGAAUUUAGAACCGUUAAGUAGUGAUGCCGCAGUGGACCAUGAAACACAUAUUUAAGGGGAGAAAAAAAAUUAUUCUGCUGCUGUGUUUUCAACUAACAUUGUAUUAAUUGAGUAGGAUGUUAUUUUUGAGCAGUUCCUGGUCCCUUCACUGACAAUUUUCACAUUCUAUACUAAUGAUGGAACAAUGAAUCACCUAUGAAUUUAUGACAAUGAAACAAACUAUAAAUGGGAAAAAAUGGGAGUACUCAUUGUUAAGGUGUGGCUAUGCAUUUGUGGUUAAGAUUAGAAUAUAUGAUCCAUACAAAUUUAAAGUGAAAUGUAUGGUUAAUAUGUAAUAGAAGAAAAUGUAUUUGCUCAGGUAAUUGUAACGCAAUAAAACCGGUGACUAGAAGAUAGGUAGACGUGAAAAAGGAAGAGAGAAAUUAAUAGUCUAAAUAAGAAGAAAAGCUUAAUACCUUUCUUUUUAAAACAAGAACCAAAACCAGUUUGGACUAUGUUACUCAAGCCUGAAGUCUAGUAUGAUGGAGGGCUUAUGCUAUCGUGACAUCUGUCAUUCAUGUGUUAAGUCAUAUAUUUCCCAGACCUUAUUAAUUUCUAAUUUGACUAUCAGCACUUGAUACAUCUUCUUCCAACCUCUCAUUAAAAUACUGCUGAAGAAAUAGAACUAAUAGAAAAUUUCCAAGCUGCAACUGUCAGACAACGUAUUACAGAAUGUGUUAAGUUUCUUUCAAGCCCAUGGAUAUGGAUUAAGAAACGCUGACAUUAACCUGAGAAAGCAAAGCCCAUUUAAAAGAUGUGUCUUCAUUUUGUUUGUCUGCUCUCUGGCAGAAAUGGAGUCUGCACCAAAUCAUUUACCAACUCUCUCUCAAUUGCAUGGCUUUUUGUGUGUUUCUGUUUGGUGCACAGAGAUCUUUCACACCCUCACAAGUAGGAUAAGAAGUAGAGUGAAUGAGAACAAAUAUUUGAAUACUGCAUUUGCUAGUGAUGGCAGCUUUAUUAUAGUGAAUGCUAAAGUUGUAGUUUUUAUUCUGAAUGGCAAAAAAAAAAAAAUGCGGGUCAUCAGAUUCAACUGUGAAACACUUUUUUAAAAGAAACCACAAUCAUACACCCACAUGAGAUUCUGAUUCAAAACAUUUGUGAUACAGCCAGGACAUCUCCUUUAAAAAAAAAUUCACAUAGAGCCCUUGAUAAAGAGACAAAAAAACAAGCCACAUGACAGGAGAAGAUGUUCCUGAGUAUACCAAAGUCACACAACAUGAAUGCUUGCUACAAUCUUGGAAUUACACUGGAAGUUAUAUAUAUUAACCUAUUCUCAAACAGUAAACCUGAGAAAAGAUUCAUUAAUCACAAAAGCAGAAAUUUGGAAAAAUCACCCACAGCUGGUUGAUGGGUCUGAUGGGAUCUUGUAUCAUUAAAAAAAAA